AUGGCGCAGUCGCGUCCCGGCGCGUCGCUCAAUGAUCUGGAGCUCACUGAAGACGAGGGGCAAAUCCCAUCAACGCCGCAGUCGAAUGGACCCGGCUCGCUGACUCCGGAGCAGCAGCUUCUGGCUCGCUUCAGGCUGCACAAGCAGCACCGGAAGGAGAAGGAGCGGCGACUGCUGCAGACGCGACUCGCUGCGGCGUCUCGCGCCAGUCGCAGCGCAGCAGCUGCAGCAGCGGCGGCAGGAGCCCCCAGAUCGCCUUCUAGCAGAAAGCAGAAGCCGCCCAAGCCAGGCGCCGUGGACCUCACGCGCGUGGACCAUAACAACCACCCGCACCGCUGGAAGUCGGCGGAGGAGCUGCUCCAGGAGCAGGAGAGGAGGGCGCAACAGCACCAGCUUACAGCUGCAGCCCCCGUGCGGCCGUAUCCCGGCAGGUUACGAGGCCAAGCUCUAGAGGAGGUUCCGAGACAGACCGCAGCUCCAGCUGCGAAAGGAGAGAGCGCUGACACUGCAAGAGAAGACGAAGGCAUUCUGCAGCUGGACCAGUCGCAGUUCCCGCUGCAUCUGUUCGACAGCGACGAGUUCGAAGCCCAUACGCCCCAAGAGUGGCUCGAGAAGGAGCGAGUCGGCGCGUCGCCCUACUUCUUCCAAGGCGAGUGGAGAUGGCGGAGCUGUGCGGUGCUGAGCUACGACACGGCUAAAGCCCAGUACUUGGUGCAGUUCCAGGGCUCGGACAGACAGAAGUGGGUCAGGAGGAUCAACCUCCGCUUCGAGAGCGAGUCCCCAGUCACGUUCGAGCGCCGUGUGGCGGCUGCGAGAGAGCGACGCGAACAGGUCAAGGCCAUGCUGAGGUUCGACGACUUCUUGGCGCGGCAGGAUGCGUCGCAGCUCCGAGCGAUGGGUAGACUAACACUGGAGCGAGUUCACGCGCGAGUGGUUGCGGGUUUACCCGAGCGCGUGGCGCUGCUGGACUCGCAGCCUGCUGCGUUCCUGCUGCGCCAGCUCACGGACACUGCGAUUCAAGAGUACAUGCGCAGCAUGAAGAAGGCCGCGCUGUUGAAGCAGCUACGCAAUGACCCCGAAUUGCAAGUGCGUUUCCAAGGCCUUGACCUUAUUCCUGGACCAACGAAGCCCGGAGCGAUCACGUAUGGCAAAGUGGAGAUCCCCGAGCACGACUUUGAGAGAAAUCGGCGGCGUGUCAGCACCGUAUCGUACACGAGCUCACCCCAGCUGCUUGCCGUCCUGAGGCGAAUGUAUGCGGGCUGGGAGAAAACGUUCCAGAAGCUGCUGCUGGUUCAGGUCGACAAGAGCCUCGCUACUACGGCCAGCACGGAAAAUCAUCGAGAAGGCGUCAGUGUUGCUGCGAAUGGAGCAGGUGCAUCCCCAACGACGACGACUUUGGCGUCGCAGAUGCCGUUCCGUGUACUGGACUUUCAGGCGCUGCAGGCGUCGCACGCGAAUAAAGUAGCAGAGAUUUUGCUUGUGGAUUGGCGGCGCGCACUUGUGGAGAACGUGAUCGACAACUUGCAGGACCAUUUCGACUUGUUCCUUUCGGACCGCGUGGCGUACGAUGCCAGUCGACUCAAGAGAGUGUUGACGGGGUUGGAGUUACGCUUGGCCGCUCAGCUGCGUGAAGUUGUUCAUCGCUCGGUAGACGAGUGGGUGCGCUUUGCGAUUCGAGCUCCACACAGCUCACUGUUCAGUGUCCAGCUUGGUUUCGUGAACGACGAAGUGGUUGUGGAGCCGUCAACGCAGGAAGUGACGGCAGUUCUGUUGGAACCAUUGGACGCAAUAGUGUCCGCAGUGCAGGAGAUCGACAGACUGGACUGUGACAUCAUGGGCUUGUUGUCUCUCGACCGCCGGCCUCUGCUCGAUUUUGCUGUUGGACAUGAACAUGAAUCCGAGAGGCAAAAGGCCAGUCGUCGGGCGGUAGUAGCCGAGUGUUUGGAUGCGCUCCAGGCUGCUAAAGUGGAAGUCCGUGACAGUGUUGAUCACGCUAUGCAGGCAGCACACGCGCUAGCAGCACGGUUCGCUGCGUACACAGACUUCGUACACUUUGAUGCCACAGCAUUCAUCGCUGAGCUUCAGCCUCUUCAACUGCAGGAACAGCAGCUACUGAAGGAAGGCAAAACACCACCGACGGCAGAUGAGCAGGCAUACCUGCCGCAAUUAUGCGCACAGAUUCGGAGAUUUCACGAGCUGGCGUUCUGCGUGGACGUCAUCGCCUUCGACUUUGUCGCGCUCCCGCUCGUGUGCGUCCAUACCAGUGCGCUCAAGAAGCAGCUUCGCACUCGAUCGCUAGAGUUGCGUGACACAUUAAUCUCGAGCUUAGUGCGCGAUGCGCGGGCCCAAAACCUCGCCAUCACUGCACGGUACGCCGCUAUCCUAGCGCGUAUCAACGAGAAACCAACCAACGAAGCGCAACUUGCGAAGUUGAAGCAGUUCGUAGGCGAAAGCAAGGCGGUGAUUGCAGGCAUCCAGCGUGAGGUGGCUGCCAUUCACAUACGACUCGACGCAUUGAACGAAUUCUCCCACAAGCUCUCCGCUGAGGACUUUACAUUAGCACACUCGACGAAGGAGUGGCCGUUGAAGGUGGCGCACGCGGCGGAUUCAUGUGACUCAGCUCUAGAAGAGGACAAGGUGCGCAUGAUGGACAGGCUUGCGCUCGAGAAGGAAGCGUUCGAGCUGGAUUUGGAGCACUUUGAGGGCGAUGUGCAGGCGUUCACACGAUACGGUGAAGUGGAGCACACGGAUAAAUAUGUGGAGCUAGCUAUCACGCUUUACGACGCACUCCAAGACGCGCGUGCGAAGGCGCUAGACUUUAACGCCCGUGAAGCCGUGUUUGGCUUCCCGCCUACAGAGUACACGCCACUGUUGGGCAAGUUAGAGAGCGAUUUCGCCCCGUACUAUAAACUCUGGACCAUGAGCUCUGAAUUCCAUGCGAGUCGCCAGGCUUGGCUCAACGGACCGUUCCUAGAGUUAAAAGGAGGCACAAUCGAAGGGCUUGUGACCGAAUGGUGGAAAGCUUCGUACAAGUUGAGCAAGUCCCUGGUAGACGAUGCCCCCGGAUCAGCUGAAGUCGCGCUCAUACUUCGAGAACGUACGGAGGAGUUCAAAGCCUAUCUGCCAGUGAUCCAGUCGUUAGCAAGUCCCGCACUACAAGAGCGACAUUGGGAGAAGCUUCGACACACCAUUGGCUUUGAGGAAUCGGAGGAGGAACUGACGCUCCAGCUUCUGCUCGAUCGUGGUAUCACGCAACACCUGGAGACCAUUCAGGAGAUUGGUACCUUCGCUGAGAAGGAGUACUCGCUGCAAAAGAAUCUCAGCGCAAUGAUAGGCGAGUGGGAGAAAGUGGAGUUCCAGACUGCGCCAUACCGUGAGACUGGAACGUAUCUACUGCGAAGUACGGACGAUAUCGUGGCUCUGCUUGAUGAUCACCUAGUGAAGACGCAGACUAUGCGCGGCUCGCCGUAUAUCAAAAGUAUCGAGAAGGACUGCAAGGCUUGGGAGAAGAAGCUGCAGUAUUCGCAGCAAUUGCUCGAUGAAUGGAUGGCCUGCCAACGCACAUGGCUGUACCUCGAAGCCAUCUUCAGCUCGGAGGACAUUAUGCGCCAGAUGCCUACGGAGGCUCGUCGCUUUGCGAGUGUUGACGCGCUGUGGCGUAAGACGAUGGAAGACACCGUAGCCGACCCGACAUUCCUCACAGUCAUUGCGAUGGACAAGCUGCUGGCCAAGUUCCAGCGUGCAAACGAGAAGCUGGACGAGAUCCAGAAGGGAUUGAACGACUACCUGGAGAUGAAGCGUCUGCAUUUCCCUCGAUUCUUCUUCCUCUCAAACGACGAACUGCUCGAAAUUCUCUCGCAAACGAAGGAGCCGCGUGCUGUGCAGCCCCAUUUGGGCAAAUGCUUCGAAGGUGUCUUCAACGUGACAUUCCAGGACGGGCCUCCUCUGAUGAUCACUGAAAUGCGCUCGGCAGAAGGCGAAGUCGUGCCCCUGCGACUACCUGUGAGCCCUGAGAGCAACAAAAACAAAGGCAACGUUGAGAUGUGGUUGCUCGAGGUGGAGCAGAGUCAAUGGGAUAGCGUACGUGACCAAACGGAGCGCUCCAUGGCCGCUUACCCGCUCGAGGAUCGAGAGACGUGGAUGCUCAAGUGGCCUGCGCAAGUUGUCUUGGCUGUCUCGCAGGUGUACUGGACACAGGAUGUGACCCGCGCACUGAAUCUUGGCGACGGCGCGAACGGAAUCAAAGCGUACGUUGAGGUGCUGAACUCGCAGUUGGACAAGAUUGUGAUGCUUGUGCGUGGUAAUUUGACCAAGCUCGAGCGCACUACAAUCGGUGCCUUGGUGGUUAUCGAUGUCCACGCGCGCGACACGAUUUCCCACAUGAUUGAGAAGGACGUGGAGAGCGAUCAGGACUUCGAGUGGAUCUCGCAGCUUCGCUACUACUGGGCUGAAGGUGUAAAGUCUGCCGGGGUCUUUGAUCUACAAGCUCGUAUCGUGAAUGCUCGCGUUCGAUACGGAUACGAGUACCUCGGCAACACCAUGCGGCUAGUGAUCACUCCACUGACGGAUAGAUGCUACCGUACGAUGAUGGGAGCUGUCGACUUGAUGUACGGUGGAGCUCCGGAAGGCCCCGCUGGUACUGGCAAGACCGAGACGGUGAAAGAUCUGAGUAAGGCCAUCGCCAUUCAAUGUGUCGUGUUCAACUGCUCCGAUGGCCUCGACUACCUGGCUAUGGCGAAGUUUUUCAAGGGUUUGGCUGGUUGCGGCUCCUGGUGCUGCUUCGAUGAGUUCAAUCGUAUCAACAUUGAAGUGCUGUCCGUCAUUGCUCAGCAGAUCCUGACAAUCAACGAAGGCAAGAAGGCUGGCGUGGACAAGUUCCUGUUUGAAGGAACGUUCAUCAAACUGAAUGCGAGUGCUAACGUCUUUAUCACCAUGAAUCCCGGUUACGCUGGUCGUGCGGAGCUGCCGGACAACCUCAAAGCAUUGUUCCGCCCGUGUGCUAUGAUGGUGCCCGACUACGCGCUGAUCUCUGAAAUUCGACUGUACUCCUUUGGGUUUGCACAAGCUCGUAGCAACGCUCGAAAACUCACGCAGGUGCUGCAGUUGGCCUCAGAGCAGCUAUCGUCACAGAAGCACUACGACUACGGUAUGCGUGCUGUCAACUCGAUCCUCGUGGCCACCGGAGCCUUGCGUCAACAACUGGGCAACGACCCGUUCUGGACGGAGGACAAGAUUGUGCUGCGGUCUGUGCAAGAUGUCAACCUGCCGAAGUUCACAUCUGAUGACUUGCCCCUAUUUCGUGGUAUCACCUCGGAUUUAUUCCCCGACGUGCUGCUUCCGCUUCCGGACCACGGUGCACUUCUUCGCCAUAUCGACGAGACUUGUGUGCGUGGAAUAUCUAUCGUUCCCGACGUUAACAUUCCACUUGAGUGCAAGCCCGAAUUCAAGAUGAAAGUGGUGCAGUUUUACGAGACUGUGCAAGUGCGUCACGGCCUGAUGAUCGUCGGUACAACUGGCUCAGGCAAGACGUGCGUCGUCCACUCCCUCGCAACGGCCAUGACCUCAUGCUACAUCGAAGAAAUCGAGCUGCAGGAAGAGAACGGCACCAAGGGAGCCCCCACGUUACAACAGCGCGUGAACAUCCACACGAUGAACCCGAAGGCUAUCACAAGCGGCCAGCUGUACGGAAACUUCGACGAGAACACGCACGAGUGGUCUGAUGGUGUACUGGCAUGCACGUAUCGUAAUUGCGCGCGUGACACAAGUCCAGAGUUGCAGUGGGUAAUGUUUGACGGCCCUGUGGAUGCUGUGUGGAUUGAGAAUAUGAACACCGUGCUCGAUGACAACAAGAAGCUCUGCCUCAUGAGCGGUGAGAUUGUCAAAAUGACGGAUCGGAUGAGAAUGGUCUUCGAAACGGAGGAUUUGGAAGAGGCUUCUCCUGCGACAGUCUCGCGCGUCGGAAUGGUCUUCUUGGAGGCAAAGGUGCUGGGCUGGGAGGUGCUCGUGCGAACGUGGCUGAAUACGCGGCUGCCUGUUGCGUUUGCCUCUCACGUGGAGUAUCUCGAAGAAUCAUUCCGCUGGAUUGUGCCGCCAAUGCUUUACUUUGUCGAUAAGCACUGCACAGUGCCCACCCCCGUGACGUUCCUGGAGCAUGCUGCGUCAUUGCUGAGACUCUUCGAGUGUGCUCUACGUGAUGGCUUUCCUGACCCUCCAGCUGAUGGUACGACGCCAGCGGCAGCUUCAUCUUCCGUACCGACUGGUGUAGACUCACAACGCAUUCUGGAAUGUGUGCUCGUCAAGGCGGUCAUCUGGUCUAUUGGUGCUUGCAUUGACACCAAGUCGCGCCGCAUUUUCGACAGAUAUCUACGCGACUUCCUCUCGACUGAGCUCGCAGUGGCUGUGGUCACGGCUGAUAUGCACCUGCAGGACGGUGAGGAAGGAGUCGAUGAUGAACUAGGAGUACCUCCUUCACCAUCACUGCUUUACUUCAAGGACUUCGUGGCGAAAUCUCCGUCGUACGUGCUCCUACCUGACCGCGCGGCUUUACUUGCUAUUCCAGAAGAGGGGCUCGUCUACGAUUAUCGCUUUGAUACUCGUCGCAGUGUCUGGGUCAAUUGGAUGGAGGCGUCAGGAGGCGGUGCAUUCGUGAUCCCGCGCGACGCCCAAUUCACUCAAGUGCUAGUGCCCACAAUCGACUCGGAACGGAACGCGUGGUUGUUGGACACACUCAUCCGCCAUCACUUCCACGUGCUGUGCACGGGUGAUACUGGUACGGGCAAGUCUGUCUCGAUCAAAAAGAAGUUGCUCAGUGGACUGAAUGAUCCACCGGGGGCAAGCGAUUCGCCACCCAAGUUCGCUCCGUCAAUAUUCCUCAACUUCUCAGCGCAGACGAGUGCCAACCAGACACAAGAUCUAAUUGAAGCCAAGCUAGACAAGCGUCGUAAGGGCGUACUAGGUCCUCCACUCGGACAGAGUUGUGUGAUUUUCGUGGACGAUCUCAACAUGCCAGCAAAAGAAACCUAUGGUGCCCAGCCGCCGAUCGAGCUGCUUCGCCAAUGGAUGGGCCACGGCGGCUGGUACAAUCGCAAGGACAAUUCAUUCACGCAGUUGGUGGAUAUCCAAUUCAUUGCGGCGAUGGGGCCUCCUGGCGGUGGCCGAACUCGUAUCACGCAGCGCUACGUUCGGUACUUCAACCUCAUUAACUUCGUGCCGUUCGACAACGACUCGCUCCGAGCAAUUUUCACGAGGAUUACAGACUGGUUCUUGCUUAACUUCCCACAGGCUGUGAAACAGCUCGGCGGGGCCGUUGUUAGUGCUACCAUUGAUAUCUACAACACCAUUUCCCAGGCUCUACUGCCCACGCCGGCCAAGUCGCACUACACUUUCAAUUUGCGCGAUCUGUCCAAGGUGUUCCAGGGCGUUGCGCAGGCGUCAAGUGACACCAUCAAAGACGGGAAGGACUUUGUGCGUCUGUGGAGUCACGAAUGCCUGCGUGUCUUCUCUGACCGACUCAUUGAUGAUAAAGAUCGCGCGUGGUUCGCCGACAUUCUGUCCAAGACUGUGAAGCUGCACUUCGACCUGCAAUACGCUUCGACAGACGUGAGAGGGCCGAACGCCACGCUCAUCUAUGGCAACUUUGGUGGUGCAGGCGAUAGCAAGAAUGGCAGCAAGAAUUACGCAGAGCUUCGUGACCGCGAGAAGCUACAGAACGCCAUGCAGGUGUUCCUCGAAGACUACAACAACAUGAGUGCAGCUCCCAUGCGUCUGGUACUAUUUCAGAAUGCUAUCGAGCACGUGGCGCGCAUCUCGCGUGUGAUUCACCAACCCUUGGGGAAUGCUCUUCUUGUGGGCGUCGGUGGCAGUGGACGCAAGAGUCUUACGACGUUGGCUGUGUUCAUGGCCGAGUAUAAACUCUUCCAGAUCGAGAUCUCCAAGUCAUACUCGCGGACGGAGUGGCGUAACGACAUCAAGAAGGUGCUGCAACUGAGUGGGCUCAACAACCAGCCCACAGUCUUCCUGUUUUCGGACACGCAGAUCGUGGAGGAGGCGUAUCUCGAGGACAUCAAUGGGCUAUUGAACACCGGAGAGGUGGCCAACCUCUGGGCCAACGAUGAGCUAGUGCAGAUGAAUGAGGCGCUGGAGCCCGCAGCCACAGCUUCGGGCGUCAACGCCGGCAACAGUGCAGAGCUGUACAACUUUUUCGUGGGACGCUGCCGAACCAAUCUACACAUUGUGCUGGCGCUGUCGCCUAUCGGUGAAGCGUUCCGUCGGCGACUGCGAAUGUUCCCGUCGCUGGUAAACUGCUGCACUAUCGAUUGGUUUGCCGAGUGGCCGGACGAAGCUCUUCGCUCCGUGGCUGACUAUUUCUUGGUGGAUAUCGAGCUGCCAGCUCAAGUCAAGGUUGGUAUCGUGGACGUGUGUGUUGGAAUGCAAGAAAGUGUGAGCGCGCUUACGCGUGACUUCUUGCAAUCGCUGCGGCGAUAUUACUACGUCACCCCGACGUCCUACCUCGAGUUGCUCAACACUUUCAAGAAAUUGCUGAACAACAAACGUGUGGAGGUCAUGACCAUGAAGCAGCGGUAUGACAACGGACUCACGAAGCUCAUGGAGACGGCCGAGCAGGUGGAGAAGAUGCAGGUUGAGCUGGAGGCUCUACAGCCACUGCUGAAGGUGGCUACUAUCGAGACAGAUGCGCUGCUGGAGACGAUCUCGCGUGAGCAGAAGGAGGCAAACGCGACGAAAGAUAUUGUUGGUGCUGAGGAGAAGCUGUGUAAUGAGCAAGCAGCCGACGCCAAUGCGAUCAAGGAGAGUUGUGAGGCGGAAUUGGCAGAGGCCAUCCCAGCCCUGGAGAAUGCAGUCAAAGCUCUGCAGACACUCACGAAGGGUGACAUCACGGAGAUCAAGGCCAUGAAGAAGCCACCUGACGGAGUCAAGCUCGUGAUGGAAGCUGUGUGUAUUAUGAUGCGCGUACCGCCCGUGAAGGUCAAGGACCCCGCGGGAGGCACCAAGAAGGUAGACGACUACUGGGGACCCGCACAGAAGACACUGCUUGGAGACACGCGAUUCCUGCAGAAUUUGCUGGAGUACGACAAGGAUAACAUCCCAGUGGAGGCCAUGGACAAGGUGCGUCCGUAUGCUGCGAACCCGGACUUCCAGGCCGACAAGAUUCGCAAGGCUUCUGUAGCAGCUUCAGGUCUGUGCAGUUGGGUGCACGCUAUGGUGGUGUACGAUAGAGUGGCGAAGGUGGUCGCGCCCAAACGUGAAGCACUGAAGGCUGCUACGUUGGCUCUGGACAAGGCGCAGAGUGAGCUCAAGGUCAAGCAAGACGCACUUCAGGUGGUGCUCGACAAGGUGGCGCGGCUUGAAGAGGACCUCGCUGCUGCGUAUAAGAAGAAGAGCGACCUGGAGUUCCAGGUGGAUGACUGCUCCAAGAAACUGACCCGAGCUACUCAGCUUAUCGGUGGCCUCGGAGGUGAGAAAGCUCGAUGGAGUGAUAUGUCGGCGCAACUGCAGGUUGUGUACGACAACGUUGUAGGCGAUAUUAUGCUGGCAUCCGGUGUGAUCGCGUACCUCGGUGCGUUCACCAGUAUCUACCGCGAGCGCGCUGUUGAUCUGUGGUGUACCGAGCUCACGAAGCAAGCCAUCACGUGUUCAAAGACAUUCACACUCACAGAGACACUGGGCGAAGCUGUGCAGAUUCGUGCGUGGACGAUCGCAAAGCUGCCUAACGACUCGUUUUCGAUCGACAACGCCAUCAUGUUGCAGCGCAGCAAUCGCUGGCCGUUGAUGAUCGACCCUCAGGGCCAGGCGAACCGGUGGGUGAAGAAUAUGGAGGAGAGUAACAACCUCAAGGUGGUGAAACAAUCGCAAGCUGGCUUUGUGCGCAUGCUGGAGAACUCGAUUAUGAUCGGCGCUGCUGUGCUCAUCGAAAACAUGCCGGAAGAGAUUGAUCCGAUGCUGGAGCCCAUUCUUCUGAAACAGGUAGUGAAGACUGGCGGCGUGGCCACGAUUCGUCUGGGCGACAACACGGUUGAGUACGACCCCAACUUCCGCCUCUACAUGACGACAAAGCUGCGCAAUCCUCACUACCCACCGGAGACCUGUGUGAAGGUCAACUUGUUGAACUUCAUGGCCACUGAAGAGGGCUUACAGGAUCAGAUGCUGGGUAUUGUGGUUGCCAAGGAGGAACCCGUAUUAGAGCAGCAACGAGAGAAGCUGGUGCUCGAAGAUGCGGCGAACAAGAAGACUCUGAAGGAGAUCGAAGACCAGAUUCUGUAUCUACUGCAGACUGCCAAGGGCAAUAUUCUGGACGAUGAACGGUUGAUCGAAACCCUCGGUGCGUCGAAGAUCACGGCCAACAAAAUUGAGGAGAAGGUGCGGGAGGCUGCAGUGACGCAGCAGAUGAUCGCCGAGAAGCGCCAAGGCUACUUGCCUGUCGCCUUCCGGGCCUCUCAGCUCUUCUUCUGUAUCGCGGACCUUACAGUCAUCGACCCCAUGUACCAGUACGCGCUCGAGUGGUUCAUUAACCUCUUCGUGUUCUCAAUCAGUCGGGCAGAGAGCUCCUCGGUGCUGGCGACGAGGCUUGACAAUCUGAACGACGCCUUCACGUUCAUUUUGUACCAAAAUGUGUGUCGGUCUCUCUUCGAGAAGGACAAACUACUGUUUGCCUUCUUGCUGGCGAUCAAAAUCCUGGUGGGGAACGGAACAAUCGACGGUGGGGAACUCCGCUACUUCUUCACAGGAAAUACACAGAUGGACGUACAGAAACCGAAGCCCGCAGGAUCCGAAGGAUGGCUGAAUGACAAGACGUGGGCCAACAUCGUCGGCUUGGACGCUCUGCCGUCCUUCAUAGAAUUCAGUGAUGCGUUUGCGACGGAGCUAAGUCUGUGGGAGGUGUCAUACAACUCGACUGACCCAGCCGAGACUCUGACGAACAUCUCGGCUCUUGCCACGCUGGACGCGUUUCAGCGCAUCAUCGUAUUGCGUUGCUUGAGACCAGACAAGGUGAUCCCCGCUGUCAUGUCCUUCGUGGCGACGCAGAUGGGCCAGCGCUUCAUCGACCCGCAGCCGUUCGAUCUCAAAGCUGGAUUCGACGACUCGAAUUGCUCGACACCGCUGAUCUUUGUGUUAACUCCGGGUGCCGAUCCAAUGUCCGAGCUUCUCAAGUUGGCGGCAGAGCUGGGAUUCAACAAGAAGUUCGUGGCGAUCUCGUUAGGUCAAGGACAGGGUCCACUAGCAGAGAACGCUAUCGCGGAGGCAAUCGACAACGGGACCUGGGUGUGUCUACAGAACUGCCACUUGUCUGUGAGUUGGCUGCCGACACUAGAGAAGAUCUGCGAGGAGAUUACACCUGACCGGGUGCACGCGAGCUUUCGGCUGUGGUUGACGAGCGAGCCUACUCGAGCCUUUCCGUCUUACAUUCUUCAGCAUGGCGUGAAAAUGACCAACGAACCGCCCAAGGGAAUGCGCGCGAACCUGAAGGGAUCGUACUUGACGAUCGAUGAAGGGUGGGUUGCCAGUUGUCGAAGACCCCGUGAAUUCAAGAAGCUGCUCUUCGGGCUCUGCUUUUUCCACGCUGUGGUGCGUGAACGGACCAAGUUUGGGCCAUUAGGCUGGAACAUCAGCUACGUGUUUUCAUCCUCGGAUUUAGCCAUCUCGAAAGACCAACUCAAGAUCUCUCUGGACGACUUGCAGCCGGAUGACCCGAUCCCGUACGCUGCCUUGGCGUAUCUCGCCGGCGAGUGCAACUACGGCGGUCGAGUGACGGACGACAAGGAUCGGCGAUGCCUUAUCACGAUCCUCUCGGACUUUUACACCCGCGAUAUUCUGUCGGACAGCUACACUUUCUCGCCCUCGGGGUUAUACUACGCGCCGUCCGCCGACGGCUCCCUGUCGGUGUUCCUGAACUAUAUCGAUCAGCUACCCAUGAACGAAGGUCCAGAGGUCUUCGGGCUGCACGACAACGCCAACAUCUCGACUGCCAUCGCCGAGACGAACUUGCUGCUGGAAUCGGCUUUAUCGCUGCAGCCGCGAGGCGCAUCUGGAGGCGGCGGGGGCGCAGUCAAGUCUUGGGAUGAGGUGCUGGACGAAACAGCUCGGGAUAUUGCGGCCAAGCUGCCGCCACUGUAUGACCUCGAGAAGGCCGAGCUGGCGUUUCCUGUCUCGUACUCUGAGUCGAUGAACACCGUCCUGACGCAGGAGCUGGGGCGAUUCAAUCGGCUGCUCGCGCUACUGCAGAUCUCACUUGUGGAGAUCCAGAAGGCCAUCAAGGGACUCGUGGUCAUGUCUGCAGAGCUGGAAGCCAUGGGCAACAGCAUGGUGAAUGGCCACGUGCCAGCACGGUGGUCGGCUGUGGCGUACCCUUCUCUCAAGCCACUCGGUAGCUGGGUCACGGACUUCCUGGCGCGUCUAGCGUUCUUGCAGAACUGGCUGACGCGCGGCGCAGCGCCGCCGGUGUAUUGGAUUUCGGGCUUCUUCUUCACGCAAGCUUUCAUCACGGGAACGCAGCAGAACUACGCACGUAAGCACAAGCUACCGAUCGAUCAGGUGGGCUACGACAUGGUGGUGCUGGCCCAACCUGCUUCAGAGCUCACAACACCAGCGGAAGAUGGUGCGUAUGUCGAUGGUCUCUUCUUGGAAGGUGCGCGGUGGGACGCCACCACUCACACCCUGGCCGAAUCCAAGCCGCGCGAGCUCUACGUGCCGUUGCCGGUGCUGCACUUACUGCCCAAGGCACGUGAUCAAAUCGAGCCGAUCGAGGAUACCGACCCCAAGGGCACAGCGCACGUGUAUCUCUGCCCAGUAUACAAGACAUCCAAGCGACAGGGAACGCUUUCGACUACUGGUCACUCGACAAACUUUGUCAUGUCCGUUCGCCUGCCCAUGAGUGCACAGCACCGACAGAAGCACUGGAUCCGACGCGGUGUGGCGCUGCUCACUCAACUCGAUACGUGA